AUGGCUGUUGCUGGUGUGGAGGGAAGUAAUUGCGACAGUAAUGCUAAGCUCCUCCAGAGCACGGAUUUACAAGCAGGCGCCGAGACCACCACGUUGAGCUACCGGUUGGCCACCACCUCGCGAAGUCCGAGAUAUUUUGGCACUACAGUGGCUGAAGAGGCAUCAAGAAACAACGCGCGGCUGCGCUAA